AAGACAAACUAAAGUGCCAAUCAAGUGGUUAUGUUCACACGUAUGACAUUGUAAAUUUAUUUAACGCGGAUAUACACAUGUGUAAACAGGCUUAAAGAAAAACAAACAAACAAGCAAACAAACAAAAACGUAAACAGAAUGAUAUUAUUUGUAUAUUUUAUAUUAUUAACAUACAUUAACACAGGUAGCAGCUUUGUUUAUUGGAACGCGGGAAAAUGGAGUGAAUGUGAAUUAAAAGACACAUGUUUUAAUCCUGGCGUGAAAACAAGACGUGUCGAUUGUCGUAACGCGCUACGCAGAAUUAUUCCAUAUAAGUUAUGCGACAGUGAUGUACGUCGAAAACCGAAACAACGCCAAGAAUGUGUUCCCAGACAAUGUUACGAUAAGUUAAGGAAAUCGUUACGACUCGAUAUUACGAAUUGGAGUAAUUGUACAGUUGUUUCGCUUGAUAAAUGGAAAAUAUUACGUGGAUUAAACGAAACGAUGAAAGAUACGAAAUGUAGCCGUAACUCGAAUCCAGUUGCUUUCGCAAAGACUCGCAAUGUUACGUGUUACGUGCAGUAUGAAAACAAUACACUUUUGAAAUUAGAUUCUCAGGUAUGCACAGAUGUUUACAAAAUCACUGCUAGAGAAUGGAAGCUAUGUUUUUAUGGCUGUUUUAACAAUUGCUCCUUAUCAAGAUGGUCCAACUGGAAGACAUGUAAACACUGCCGUAUGUCAAACGUGAAGUACAAAACUCGCCAAUACACUUCUUUACCAGGCCUUUUUGAAUACAAAAAUGCUUGUCCUAACAUAAUCAAAUUAAAAACUAAAAAAAUAAAAGUACGUAAACAACAAACUCAAUACCGAUUAUUCGAUUGGGAUAAAGGAAAAAUCAUAAUGGGUAAAAAGUCCCGAAAACGAUUUUUGACCUUUACUAUAAAAAGAAGAAUUAUUUCCUGUAUAAGUAACACGGGAAAAAUAUGCGAUGCAAAAAAUUCCGCUAUUCCUAUUAGUGAAAUUGUUGUGACGGAUAAACCUUGUGUACUUAGCAAUUGGUCGCCAUGGUCUCAAUGUACUAGCAAUUCAAGCUACAUGCAGGGUUCUAUGGGAACACAAUAUAGAAAAAGAUAUGUUGAUGUGCUACCCGUGGGAAAUGGUAAGAAAUGUGAUGAAAUGAUAAGUUUUAGAAAUUGCACAAAGAGGCAAGAUCCAAAAUACGACUGGUUUCUCGGUGAUUGGAGUUCUUGCGAAACGACUCAACAGGCUCGGCAUAAUUGUUCGUUAAGCUACAAAACACGGGAUGUAUAUUGUUUCCGCGAAGAUGACGUCACUAAAAAGCCAACGUUGGACUAUUUCUGUACACAAAGAGCGAAGCCGUCAACACAAAGAGAGUGUACCCUAGCUUGCCAACGAAAAUGUAGGUACGCUAAUUGGAGUCCAUGGUCAUGUGAUAACAAUACUACGACCAGGGAAAGAAACGAAGUCCACAAAUCGUCUCAAGCAGUGUGUCCACGGAUCAUACAAAGAAAAUCAAGAAAAAUGUUCACCUGGAAAAGAGAAAAUCCUUCAUCGUGUCGACUUACAAAUACAUCAGCGCAAUGCGGGGUUGGUAGAAAAAUAUUUGAAGUGAAAUGCACAACUUGUUCCAAUGAAGUGGUGAAAAAUAAUUUUUGCGAGAAAAGAGAGAAACCAGAGCGUUCUGAAAGCUGUCGAGUUUAUUGUCCCAACGAUUGCAUUGUAGAUGAAUGGUCCAGCUGGGGAUCAUGUAAGUUUAAUUACAGAAAAAGAGUAAGACAUGUACUUGCAAGGAAGUCUGGAGCUGGCAUGAGCUGUCCUUACUUAACAGAAACUGAGUCAUGUGAUAUGAAUGAAUAUUUCUGGUCACUCUCAAAAUGGAGUAGCUGCCAGAUCAGUUUAUCCAACAGUAGCGAAAGAUGUACACCUGGCCUACAAACAAGACUGCUACGUUGUGUGAAGAAUAAAGUAGGGAACUUUGUGGACGUGUCCCAUUGCGACAAAUUAGUCAAACCAAAUACAGAGAAAAAAUGUGAACUAUGUCCAACAGAUUGUAAAUUGUCUUUGUGGUCAGAUUGGUAUCCAUCUUGCAAAGCUGCACGUAGUUCACUACCCUCCCUUGAGCAACCUUUUACGCAGCGAAGACGUUACAUUGAAGUACACGGUAACAGCGCGGGAAAAGCUUGCUUGAAAAAUUUAGUUGAGAGAAAACAGUGCCCACCAUUUGCGGGGUAUCGUUGGAUAAUGAAAGAAUGGGAGAUUUGCACUCAUAGCACCAUUGCUAGUCAAAGUUUUAAUUCGCAGACAUCUCUAAAAAAUGGCGUACAGAAACGGCAGGUUUACUGUUCUGACGGAUUCCAUGCAGUGCAUGAUGGGAUUUGUCUUGGCCUUAACAAACCGAAACCCAGUGAAUAUAGUGAAUGCCAGAUAAACUGGAUGAGCACGUGUAACUUAAUGCCGUGGGGUGAUUGGUCACAGUGCACAGAGGAUUGUGGGACAGGGACCCAGGAAAGGAAACGAAUAUUUUCUUCUGAAGAUUGCAAAGAUAAAAAAUUCGAUCUUCUACAGACUCGAAAAUGUAACACCCAGCCAUGUCAGGAAUACUUUCACCAUUAUGGAGCCUGGAGCGAGUGUCAUCCAAUCAUAGAUGACAAAAAAUGUUUACAUUGGAAAUUUAUAAAUGGCGAGCAACUUCGUAACGUUACCUGUCGAUCUUCUAACGGAUCGGCUGUCGCGAAUGUUUACUGCGAGGAGUAUGACGGUGAAAAACUGAGAACAAGGAACAGCUGCGGCGUCCAAUGUGAGACUAAUUGCGUGCUGUCCACUUGGUCCAGUUUCUCACAAUGUUCGGCAUCUUGUGGAGCUGGAAUAUCUAUACGAUCAAGGCGUAUAUACGCCCAGCCUUCAAUUGGUGGAAGGGCGUGCCCAGCUGCUACACAUAACUUUGUAACGGAAACCAAACCGUGCAAACUAAGAGAAUGCUAUGGAAAUGUUUGGAAAGCAGAAGAAUGGGGCGAGUGUAUUAUGAAUAGACGAAAGCAAUGUGGAAGAGGAAAACGAAAUCGCACUGUAUCUUGUAUUGAUCCUGCAACGGGAGACACAUCAGGGAACUGCACUGACGCUCCACCAAUUACAGAAAAGGGUUGCAAGAUAUAUUGUGCUACAGACCAAUGUGUGGUUUCUGAUUGGUCAGAAUGGAGUAGAUGCGAGGUGAAGGACAAUCAACUUAUAUCACAGCGAACGCGCCAAAUUUUACGAGCAGGAAAGGAAAGAGCAUGUCGCAGAUUAAAGGAUCGAAAGAUCUGUGAGAAGUUUUCAUGGAAAGCUAACGCAUGGAGCAGUUGUCUUUUAAACUCAGACAAUGAAACUUGUGGUGCUGGAAUACGUGAAAGACUUGUUGAAUGUGUAAAUAAACAUGGAAAAGCCGUGGACCCAUUAAAAUGUUAUAAUAUUAAGUCAGUCGCACCCCGGAUGUAUGAGACGUGCGUUAUACUCUGCCCAGGGAAAUGCGAAGUGUCGUCUUGGAGUGAAUGGUCAGCGUGUGAUCAAAAAUGCGACACGGUCAAGUACAGUACUAGACGAAGAGUGGUUGUGAGUCAUCCCAAGAGUUGUGGCGAGACAGUUUUAACAGAAUCGUUGUUCUGUCCGAUCUACCCCUGCUACACAUUAGCUGUCAGUGACUGGCAUCAAUGCGAAGCUGUGCACAAGGACACGUGCGGUGUUGGUCAACAGAAGAGAAGUGCGGUGUGUAAAAGAAGUGAUGGAAAGGAAGUCAGUUUGCCAUACUGCAUGGAAUAUGUAACAGGAGCCACAAGGCUGACACGUAAUUGUCAAAUACCAUGUUGGAAUGAUUGCAUAACAACUGAUUGGUCCACGUGGUCAGAAUGUUUUGGAAUAUGUGAUUAUACAAAGAAGCUUUUAAUAACCCAUGGGUUUACAGUUAGAUGUCGUUCAAUUCUACAAAAUUCUACGGCAAAUGGCAUUCCAUGCCCAAACACGUUGCACGAAGAAAAAAAAUGUUUCUCCCCAAAAUGUUAUACUCAAAAAAGAAGGAAUCAUCAAUGCGUCCGUUCAGACGGCACGUUUCUUUCGUAUGGUUGCAAAGUUGAUCACUCGCAAAAGAAAUAUCCCUGCAAGUGCCCUGUUCAGAAUUCCAGGUGUAUAAAUAAACGAUUUUGUCGCUGUCACCAUGGUUACGUGGGUGUGACCAACAAAAGUAAAUUUUUAACGAAGUGUGUACCUUUCACUGCGAAGGAGAACAUUUCAGCUGAUGAAGGAGAGAUGAACAUAAAAGUUAUCAUCUGGGUGGUAGUUGGAAGCUUCGUGGUAUAUUGCGUGUUAGUCUCAGGGAUAAUUGUUCUAUACAAAAGGCACAGUAAAAAAAAUUCCAUGAAAAAUACAUUCUGCACAAACAAUAACAAUUCUUACUAUGAAGAUGUGAACAACUGCGUAGAAAAACAAACCUUGGUCACGUUUACUAAAAAACAAGGGAGACCACGUCAAUUAUUAGCGUCACUAACGGAAGACACCGACAAUUCUAGUAGUGGGAUAUCAUCAUUAACUAGCUCACAAACUUUGUUACAACUCGACGAGGAAGAACUUUUACGAUAUUCAGAACUGAAUGACGGUACGCAACUACAUACAAAGUUGUGACACCUUAUAUUAAAUAACAGAAUGACGGUGCGCGACUGAGUACCAAGUUGUGCCUUCUCAUAUCAACAGUGCCAUGAGAUUAAAUUCUGCGAUAUGUUACCACAUCAACCGCGUAAUUGUCGAAUGACGUCAGUGCUAGCAACUGGGGUUAGAAGGACAAAAAUUCCCCAAACACGAGGGAGAGCAUUCUCUCCUUCAUAUAGAUAUUUUAGUAUUAUUUAAAGUUUAGAAUUAUGUAAAUUAUUUUUUGCGUCAUAUUUGUAAAAAGAAUAAAUAUGUAACUAAACAGGUGGUGAUUUUUCAGUGUUGACAAGGGAUCGUCUGCUUUAUGUUCUGUUGGAAAACUAAGACAUAGUGACGCAAUAAUAUUAAUUCUGGCUGAUUUAUGUCAUCAGAUUGAUUACUAAUUGUUUAUUUGGCUCGUACAAAAAUUAAAUUCUUUGGCGGAAUAUUCUCUGUUUGGCGCAAUACAGCAUUACUGAUAGGCAAGCAAAAUUUUUUUCAUUCUUUUUCGAUUUUAAUGUUUUUUUUUCACCAUUCUCAGUUUCGAGGACAAAAGUUUUGGAAACACUUUGGUAAGAUUUGAACCAAAAGUGGACAAGCUUUUUCUACAAUCUCAUUUAAAUGAAUUAAAAGGCUCAGGGAGAUGUUUUUUUAGAAGACAUUUAAUCAACUUUUAGCAUCUUUUUAGAUUCUUAAUAUAAAAAACCUAGAAUGAGAAGUAUGCUGGAGACAAGGUUGGUUUUUCUGAAGUUCGCUUCAGAUGAUGUCCGUAGUUGAUGCGGAAGCUUUGCAGAGAUAUUCAACAGCAUUAUUUUUAUAACACCUCUUGUAUGGCUUUCUUACAUCACAACAUUGUGUCUUCAUAAGAACAUAACCGGCAACCUCAUCCCCAGGGCUCUUCUAUGUCUACAAUAUUCUGGGGAGACGGCUCCGUUAUAGUGUAACUGGGACACUGUUCAACUGUUCUUAAUAUUUUUUUAUGUUUUUGUAAAGCAAGAAUCACAAUGGUAUUACCACCUAUGGUGGUCAGAUGCAAAAAAUAUCACAACGCGUGACUCUCUAAUUACAGCAUGCGAUCCUAAAAUUUGCAGAUGUUGUAAAACGUAGGUUUAAUGUAAUUAAAUUAGAAGAACCGCCAGCUUAUCGCGCAUGCGUUCUGAUAAGAUGAACUUUUAAAGCUUUCUUGUCUGUGAUCCUAAAAAUAAAGUACUAAGGGGUAUGGAGGUGAACUUGUUCUUCUAAGGGUACCGUUACACGUAAUAUUUCGCCCUGCGUGGAAACUCACCCCGCUUUUGCCCGGGGAUUAAAUUUCAACUCACUGUUACUUAAAAAUUGAACAACCCAAGAAAAAAACAAAGAAAAUGAUGAAUAAAUAAAUAAAAAAGAAAAUAAUAUCAAUAGUCUUUUUUUCGCCCUAGGGUGAAUAUGUGUACUCUCGCCUACAUGUAACCAAGUUUUUUUCCUCCUGUGGUAAAAAUUUCUCCUGGGUAACGACAGUGUACAACACUUUCUCCUAAAAACAAACAAGGCUGAGUAAUCAGUAUAAGUUUCCACAUUGUGCGCAUUUUUAAUGUACAAACUAAAAUAUUCUCAGCUCAGUUCUUCAAAAUAAAAAGUAAUUCCUAUGAACAGCGAGACCAUCGGCUGCAUCAGUCUUACUAUAACCUUGUAAAUCAUUAGAAGCCAUCAACUGAAUCAACAAAAUAAAAAAGCGUUUUUGCUAUAAAAAAUCCUUGAGUCAACAGUAAUCGUUUUCCAAUCAAAA